GUGGCCAUCUUGGAUGCGCGAGGUGAUUGUUUGGCGAAUAGAAAUAACAGGAAAUAAAAAUAUAGGGUGAAAAGUUGGAAAAUUGCGCUGGAACUGAAGGGUAUAUUAAGAGGGGAAGUGCAACUCAGGAAAACCAGAAAAUAAGGCAUGAAGAAAACAUCAUAGUCAAAAAGUCAUGGCUGAUAAAAGAAAACUUCAAGGUGAAAUAGACAGAUGUUUGAAAAAAGUUACGGAAGGAGUAGAGCAGUUUGAGGACAUUUGGAAAAAGCUCCACAAUGCAGCCAACGCCAACCAAAAAGAAAAAUAUGAGUCUGACCUCAAGAAAGAGAUAAAAAAAUUACAGCGUCUUCGAGACCAGAUUAAGACGUGGGUCGCCUCCAAUGAGAUUAAAGACAAAAGGCAGCUAGUAGAGAACCGCAAACUCAUAGAGACGCAAAUGGAGCGGUUUAAGAUUGUGGAACGGGAGACCAAAACAAAAGCGUACUCUAAAGAGGGACUCGGCCUCGCUCAGAAAGUCGAUCCUGCACAAAAAGAAAAAGAAGAGGUCGGGCAGUGGCUAACGAACACGAUAGACACUUUGAACAUGCAAGUGGACCAGUUUGAGAGCGAAGUAGAAUCCCUUUCUGUCCUGACUAAAAAAAAGAAAGGAGAAAAAGAGAAGCAGGAUCGAAUAGAGGAACUGAAACGAUUGAUCGAGAGGCACCGGUAUCACAUCCUCAUGCUGGAGACCAUCCUCAGAAUGAUGGACAAUGAAUCGUUACAGGUGGACAGCAUCCGCAAGAUCAAAGACGACGUAGAAUACUACCUUGAUUCUUCUCAGGAUCCAGACUUUGAGGAGAAUGAGUUUCUUUAUGACGACCUUGAUUUGGAGGAGCUCCCCCAGCCACUUGUGGCCACGUCUCCAGGUCACGGAGAGGAUGAACUAUUCCAGCAUUCCAGUUCCACGCCGACCUCAACAACGUCAUCUUCACCCAUACCUCCCUCCCCGGCUACUUGCACUACGAAUUCGGAAGAUGAAAAGAAAAGAGGUCGUUCGACAGACAGUGAAAUCAGUCAGUCACCUAUUAAGAACGGAAAUCCAUCUUCGUCUCUGUCCUCCUCCUCUUCAUUGUCCUCAUCUUCGGGAGCCUCUUCAAACUCUUUGAUCUCCAUGGUAACUAUUGCCAGCAGCGGAAGCUCGACAUCAGGGGGCAGCAGCAGCCACUUAGUCAGCCUGGCCGGCUCUGGCAGCUACAGUUCAGCCACCCAGCAACAAACACAGCAAUCCCAACAACCGCAUCAAUCCAAAAACUCCAUCUCAUCCCAAUCCAAUGUCAACUCUGCCUCCUCCAGCAACAGUAUCUUAUUUCCAACACUCACCUCCACUUCGCCACCCAACACCAGCACACUUGGCUCACUUACAUCCAACUCACAAAGCCAGUCUUUGUUGGGGACAGGUUCUGCCUCCGGUAUGGGCAUUGGGAAGGGUACGACGUCGUCAAGUGCUGCAAAUCAGAUCCCAGGCUUGGUCCUAUCAGGGAUGCCAGCAUCCUUGAGCAGUAUGACCGGGUUUUUGAGCGGAUCUACCCCAGCACCUUACGCGCAAGCUGCUGCUGCAGGAGCUGUGGGCAGCGGGCUCUCAGCGUCCAUUGGAACAAAUGUUAGUAGUACUAACUCCAGUGGAGUUGUAACCUCAGUGGGGACUAAUGGAAGCUUGGGCUCCACAAGCCUCUUGGGCUCCACAAGCCUCUUGGACUCCACAAGCCUCUUGGACUCCACAAGCCUCUUGGGCACCUCAAGCCUCUUGGGCUCAGGGUCUGGUGUUUUGGGUCUUGGGUCGACGCAGCCCGCAGUGGAGCCUUUGCCUCUGGUGGCUCCCAGCCCUGUGGGAGGUGGACUGUCCUCAGGUAGCAGUGUGGGAGUUAUUGGAAGCAAUGCAGGGACUUCUGGGACAGGAAGUGCAACAGCUGUGGGAAGUGCUGUGUUACCACGACCGCCUAGUGCACCAAAACAAAAUGGUGGUACAAGUUAUAGUGCUGUGGUAGCAGACAGCACGUCAGACUCCGCCCUCAACAGUGCCAGUCAAUCACAGAACAGCCAAUCCUCAUCCUUAAAUUCCAUAACAAAUCAGCUUAAGGAAAGUGGUUCCAGCCUUCUGGGGUCAAUGACACUGCCGCCCAGCUUGCCCUCGCCGUCAUACAGUGAUAGUAAACCGGGUACUGGCAGCCUGCUGAAUGGUCCUCACUCCUACACACAUGCUGCUGACAACAUCAAGCCUCAGGAGCCUCUGAGUUCUCUCAAAUCGAUGGCAGAGCGGGUUGCCCAGGGGUCAGGUUUAGAAGGAGAGCUGUCUGCACUACAUAUCACUACUGAUAUAUUCCCCAACUCCACGGCUCCUUCGGGCACUCCAGCAGCUCCUCAGCCAGCACAGUCAGAGGUGAACAUCCCCCCAUCAUUAGGUGUGUGUCCGCUGGGGCCCGCCCCUCUCUCUAAAGAGCAGCUCUACCAGCAAGCCAUGCAGGAGUCCGCCUGGACACACAUGCCUCACCCAUCCGACUCUGAGAGAAUCAGGCAGUACCUGAUGAGGAACCCAUGCCCAACACUGCCUUUUCACCACCAGGUGCCACCUCCGCACUCUGACACUGUGGAGUUCUACCAGAGACUGUCCACAGAGACCCUCUUCUUCAUUUUUUACUACUUAGAGGGUACAAAAGCGCAGUAUCUAGCAGCCAAGGCCUUGAAAAAGCAGUCGUGGAGAUUCCACACAAAAUACAUGAUGUGGUUCCAGAGGCAUGAGGAGCCCAAGACCAUCACUGAUGAGUUUGAGCAAGGGACAUACAUUUACUUUGACUAUGAGAAAUGGGGCCAGAGGAAAAAGGAAGGAUUUACAUUUGAGUACAGGUAUCUUGAGGACCGAGACCUUCAGUGACGGAUGGACAACAAGAAUGGAGGACUACUGACAAUGUUCCGGACUGAAUCAACACACACGUACACUCUCUUUCAUUCACUGAGAUGGAGAUCCAGAUGUAUAUGCGAGGCUGUUUUAUGUCUUGCUGGUGCACAAUGCAUCUGGAGCCCCUCCCACACUUUUCAAUCUUCCCCACCCACAAGCCACUCCCUCCCCUCUCAUUAAAUCAAGCUUAACCGCGUUAAACUUCCAUCCUAGAUCAUGAAACUUUUUGGAGCAUUAUUGCGCCAAAGAAGAUGUUGAAUGUGGUCAUGCAAAGCAUUCACCCUUAUCAGCAAUAUUACAGCAAAAACAAAAAUAGAUGUGGAUGUUUUUUUUUAGCAAUGGCUCAAUGAAGUUUUACUAUGAUAUUGAUGGCGUAAAACUAAAACAACUGAGAAACAGUUGUUUUGUUCAGUAAAUUAUACCUUUUAGAUUUAUAGUGAACAUCAGCAGUGCUUUAGCACAACCAUAUUCAAUCAUAUAACAACAUUUUGACCUAGGAACCUUUUUGGUUUCUUGCUAAGUUACACCUCAGUUUUGCAGGCUCUGAUCAAUGCACAGGUCUUAAUUCAUAAUUCAAGCAUAUAAGCUUUCAAUUACAUGCCCCCAUACUCUUAAUAGUGAUAUUUAUAGCUAUGCUAUCACUGUGGCACUGAAUAACAGAGAGAUUAAUGAGUGAGUCUACAGCACCAGCUAUUAUUAAAAGCACACUAUUUUAAAGGUGUUUAUAGGCAUUAACAUACAAAGAGACCAAGUUACUAGACAGAAUUUUUUUUGCCACUGUGGUCUGUUUGUUUAAUAUACAGAGCUUUUAUUGAGGCUCAAACAGGUAAAUAAUGUGUUUGCCCAUUAAUACGGUAAAUGUACAUUACAGCUAAAUUAUUUGGACAUUUUUGAAAGUGAAACAAUAUUGAAAGGAUUUCCAGAGCUUUGUAGACUUCACUAACUCUUCAAAUUUCUUUUCACAAUGACAGUUUUCUGAUGUUUUUAUUCUACAUUUUUGGUCCCCCUAUUUGUUUGUGCUGGGUAUUUGUGCAACCACAUAAAUAAUUUAAUAAGAAAAAUGCUGUUGAGGGGGAUGUGGUUGUCAUUUUUGAGUUUCUUUAAAAUUCAUCAAGAAUGUAGUGUGAAAUACCAAACCUACAAAAUGACUAUGUCCAUGUUUUUAAUCGUAACGUGUAUCUUUCGUGACAAGCGUAUGGAAGAGAGCAGAAAUGUGAUUUUUUUUUUUAUAUAUAUAUAUAUAUAUAUAUAUAUAUAUAUAUA